CUCACACUACUGGGCGGGGGUUAUCUCCACGAGUGCACCGUCUGCAAGCAAAGCUGUUGAUCUCCACGCGCCUUCUCUCUCUCACACACACAGUGCCUCUGUGAGCGUGGAAUUUCGGCAAUUUGGGUCCCACACCACUCAAGGCUAGAUCUGUUGGGAACGCACUUUUUGCGGGUAAAGUUUUUGUUCCAAAGAAAAUCACCUGAAGAUUCCAGGAGAGAGAGGUAUUUCUGGCAGAAUGGAGGAUUAAAUAAUGGCUUCAGGUUUGUGGCGAGAAACCCAGUGUGGAUGUUUCACACAGGUAUAACGCAUUAAGCUCUGAGUUCAAGAUGUCACCGCUGUUGGAUCAUAUCUCUCCUUAAGCUACCUCUCACCAGUAAAUAACCCCGGUCUCUGCACUAGUUCUCCUCUGUCCUGCGCGCAUUCGUCCAUGAACGAUCGCCCAUGCCAGUCUACCGACAACAAGCGUCGAGAGCCGCAGGAUUACCACGGUUACCGCCACCUUCCUCCAUUACACACCAGACACUACCCCGAUUUAGCACUAAUUGCUUUGGAUUGCAACCGACCUGAGCACCCUGUAUAGGUAAAAGGAGUCUUGAGUCCACUACACCCUUGGCAGUGGAAUUAUUCGUUUGAUUAUCAUCUCCCCAAAGUGGAUUACCUUUAGUAAAACAUUGUUUUCCGCGAGCUGUUCCUGUAGAGCUGAUCCACUAUGUUGUUCCUGAGGAGGCUGGUGUGUGUGUGUUGUCCCUCAGCACUGGUGAGGGGUGUGUUGGACUCCAGACACUGUACGUUCGCCCUCACUCUCCUCACACUACUCAUGCAGGUGGUGGUGGAGGCCAACUCAUGGUGGUCUUUAGCCAUGAACCCUCUGCUGAUCCCCGAGGCAUACAUCAUCGGUGCCCAGCCUCUGUGCAGCCAGCUGGUAAGUCUGUCUCAGGGCCAGAAGAAGCUGUGCCAGCUCUACCAGGACCACAUGCAGUACAUCGGCGAGGGCGCCAAGACUGGCAUCAGGGAGUGCCAGUAUCAGUUCAGACAACGGCGUUGGAACUGCAGCACCGUGGACAACUCCUCCGUGUUCGGACGGGUCAUGCAGAUAGGAAGCAGAGAAACAGCAUUUACAUAUGCCAUCAGCGCGGCAGGCGUGGUCAACGCAGUGAGCAGGGCUUGCAGAGAGGGGGAGCUGUCGAGCUGCGGCUGCAGCCGUGCCGCACGUCCCAAAGACCUGCCUCGUGAUUGGCUGUGGGGCGGCUGCGGGGACAACCUGAACUAUGGCUACAGGUUCUCUAAAGAGUUUGUUGACGCGCGGGAGAGGGAGAAGAGCUAUGCCAAGGGAUCCUACGAGAGUGCCCGGCUGAUGAUGAACCUACACAACAACGAGGCUGGAAGGAGGACGGUGUCAGACCUGGCCCACGUCUCCUGUAAGUGCCAUGGCGUGUCGGGCUCCUGCAGUCUGAAGACGUGCUGGCUGCAUCUGGCAGACUUCCGCAAGGUGGGCGAAACCCUGAAGGAGAAGUACGACAGCGCAGCGUCCAUGAAGCUCAGCUCGCGUGGAAAGCUGGUGCAGCGGGACAGCAAGUUCAACCCCCCCACCAGCCACGACCUGGUCUACAUCGAGUCCAGCCCAGACUACUGCCUGUCCAACCAGAGUACGGGCUCACUGGGUACUGUAGGCAGGCUGUGCAAUAAGACAUCUGAGGGCAUGGAUGGCUGUGAGCUGAUGUGUUGUGGCCGGGGCUACGACCAGUACAAGGCCCAGAUCGUGGAGCGAUGCCAUUGCAAGUUCCACUGGUGCUGCUACGUCAAGUGCAAGCGCUGCACCAAAACCGUGGACCAGUUCAUCUGCAAGUGAGGAGGAGGAGAGUGUGUAUGUGUUUGUUUGCGCGUGUGCAUUGUGUGUGAGGCAUAACAAAAAAGGCAAAGGGAGAGUGAGGAAUAAAUAAAAUUUUUAUAAAUGAUAUUUACUGUAUAUAGUUAAACGAUUAUACUGUUGUGAGAGACUGAUACUUUUUUUCCAUGCAAUACUUCCAACAAAUCGAAUGCCUUCAGAAACUGAAAAUAUGGGGAAAUAUUUAUUUCGGGGAUUGUUUUUGCCCCAUCAUCCAAGCAAACGUUUAACCCCUGAAUACCCAGGCCUUGAGACUAGCAGCCAGGAUAGUUUUAUUAUGAAUAUGUCUAAUUGACCUGUCUAAUGGUUCACCAUGACUGUGAAAUGGAAGCUUAUCUCCUGUUUCAUAGCAGUAGAUUAGUUCAAUGUUUUGCUUGAUGGAGAAUGCUGAUGGCCACACUUAACUGUUUAAUCUGGGGCUAUCAGUAAGAGGUGACUAAUGUCAUCUUCCAGUUGAGAAGAGGAUGCUUUAUGUCACUAUGGUGCAGUUUCCUAGACCCAGAUCAAGCCUCUAUUGGACAUACUUGAAUCUGGCUCUAUAGGUUUGUACUCAUGGGCCCCAUCCUAAACCCUAGCCCCUCUGUCUAAACCAAUAAGGGCCUUGGAAAGUGGAAGAGAUCUGGUUUGGGGUUAGUUCCAUCCUGUGAAGUAUCCCACAAGGCCCCAGCUAGACCCCUAAACACAUUCAGCAUAUGCACUUUGACCCUGAGGCCUUAGCCCGUCUGUAUGGCUGUUUGUUUUGAACUACAGAGCUUUGCUUGUAAUAUGCAAUAUUAUAGUCUUCUUAUUAAUACAGAUAUCCACUUAACAUAUAAGAUUCUACUUACAAGCUUAGAAUAUAUAUGGGAAAUGUUGUGGUUAUAAUGGUUAAAUACACCAUGUUCUGUAUAUAGUACACUACCAGUCAAAAAUUUGGACACCUACUCAUUCAAGGGUUUUUCUUUAUUUUU